GAGCUACGAAAGCUCUAUUGAUAAUAAAUUUCACCGUGCUUAGAAAAACGAUAGCCGCAAAAACAUCUGCUCCUAAACCAAACUCUAAAAAUGUCACCACCACUCUAACAAAUGUGCAAAGCCUAAACUCAAACAAACCACCACUCUAACAAAUGUCACCAAACUGAUUUUCACGAUGAAAAAUGUCAAAGCUAUCUUCAAUUAGACCAAGCAGUUUCUCGUUAUUCAACAGCCGUGCUUACCAGGGUUCACUAAACCAAAUCUUCUCGCCAAAUGAAGACCACAUCAGCCGCUCUACUGCUACUACACUAUCUUCAGUCCUUCAACGCUACAUCAAAUCAGAUACUCCCUUUUACGGCCAAACGAUCCAUGCCCAUAUUUUGAAAAUUGGUUUUGUACCCAAUACCAAUUUAUCCAUCAAACUCCUUAUUCUUCACUUGAAAUGUGGGCGUCUGAAGAAUGCGCGCCAGAUGUUCGACGAAUUGCCUCAACGGACUCUUUCGGCUUAUAAUUAUAUGGUUGGUGGUUAUUUGAAACAAGGGUUAGUAGCAGAAUCGAUAAGUUUGGUACAAAGGUUGAUACUUGAUGGUGAAAGGCCUGAUGGGUUUACGUAUUCCAUGAUACUAAAGGUUUCUACUAGUGGUUGUAAUCUUGCAUUGCCACGUAAUUUAGUAGGUAUGGUGCACGCCCAGAUAGUUAAAUCAGAUGUUCAGCCUGAUGAUGUUCUCUGUACUGCGCUUGUUGAUGCAUAUGUGAAGAGUGGGAGGAUUGAUUUUGCAAGGAGAGUUUUUGAUAUGAUGAUAGAGAAGAAUGUGAUAUGUUCGACGUCUAUGAUUUCUGGGUACAUGAACAGAGGCUUUGUGGAAGAUGCUGAGGAGAUUUUUAAGAAGACUAUUGAAAAAGAUGUAGUGGUUUUCAAUGCAAUGAUAGAAGGCUAUAGCAAAUCAGUUGAAACGGCAACUAAAGCGCUUGAGAUUUAUGUUGAGAUGCAAAGAUUUGGUUUUAGGCCUAAUAUAUCGACUUUUGCCAGCAUUAUUGGGGCUUGUUCUGUGUUGGCAGGAUUUGAGAUUGGUCAGCAAGUACAGGCUCAGCUUUUGAAGACCGAGUUAUUUACUGACAUAAAAGUGGGGAGUGCUCUUAUAGACAUGUAUUCAAAAUGUGGAAGAAUUGAAGAUGCACGAAGAGUUUUUGACUGCAUGCCUGAGAAGAAUGUAUUUUCAUGGACUUCCUUGAUUGAUGGAUAUGGAAAGAAUGGAAUGCCCAUUGAAGCACUUGAGCUUUUUUAUAAGAUGCGCCAAUGUGGUACUGAGGCCAACUACGUUACAUUCCUUGGUGCUCUAUGUGCAUGUGCGCAUGCUGGCUUAGUUGCUGAAGGUCGCGAGAUAUUUGAAAGCAUGGAGAAAGACUACUCAAUGAAACCAAGGAUGGAGCAUUAUGCUUGCAUGGUUGACCUUUUGGGGCGUGCAGGAAGUUUACACCUAGCAUGGGACUUUGUAAUGGGGAUGCCUGAGAAGCCCAAUUCUGAUGUUUGGGCAGCUCUUCUGAGUUCAUGUAAUCUGCAUGGCAGUGUAGAGAUGGCAAGGGUAGCUGCCAAUGAACUUUUUAAGCUGAAUGCUGAAGGUAGGCCUGGUGCCUUUAUGGCGCUAUCAAAUGCCUUGGCAAGUGCCGGGAAAUGGGAUAAUGUAAGUGAGCUCAGGGAGACAAUGAAGUCAAGAGGGAUAUUAAAAGAUACCGGUAGCAGUUGGGUUGGAACUGAAAGUGUUAUAUGAUGCUUCCGGUCAGGCAAGAGAUGUGAACUGACAUCAUAAGUGAGAAGGUUCGUCUCUUUGAGUAGCUUUAAACAACAUCAUUCACAUGACUUAAUUAUCAAAGCAUCACCUUAUCAAGAACUUUUCAGUUAUUAUGCUUUGCUUAGAACAAUGUUCCAUGUAUCAUUGAGGUUGCAAAAGCUACAUUGCCGAAGUUUACAUCAUCAACUUGCUGUGGAAAAUGGAAAUUAUAUCUUUGGAAUCAAUGGGUUUAAGUUGGAUUGGAGGAAGUGACGGAUAACAAGAAAAAUGAAGAUGUCAAACGGUGGGGUUUGGUACAGAAGAAUUUUGGCUUAGGACCCAAAGAAUUCCUUAAAAUAUAAUGAUUUAUGAACCUCCCCAAGAUUUAAGUCCACAUGCUCUAGAUUUCAGGCUAAUUUGUUGAUUGGUUGAAAUAACUGAUUGAGAUCUAUAGGGAGACCGAGGGUCAAGGUUAGUUGUAUCCUGUGUACUGCAAAGGGUUUUCUUCAUGCAGUAUUCGAAUCUCAAGGUUUCAUUCUAAAAAAAAAAAAAAAAAAAAAAAAAA